CCGCGGACCCCGGGCCCCUUCCCCUGUCCUGCUAGCACCCCAGGGCGGCAGCCUCGGGAUUCCAUCGGAUUGGGUCGAGCUCCUCCUCCCCAUCCCCAACCCCAGUGCAAACCUCUAGGGCCUCCCCAGUCCACCGCCGACUCCAAAAUAAGGUCUACACCGACGGUUUAUGUAUUCACGGGCCUCUUUUUAAGUUAUAAGCGUACACUCUCCUGGUUAACAAGGUGAAUAAAACAGCAGUGUUUUAAGGAGAGAGCGGAAGCCCCCAGCACCCCGUUCUUCCUGGUAUACAGGGGUGGGUCCUGCUGGCCUCCUUAUUAUAAAUAGACGGGGUCCUGCCCCCCAGGUGCCCAAACCUUUCUUUCUUUCCUCAACAUCUUCCUCAUAGGCCGGGGUGGAGGAUGGGGCGGCCAGUCCACGACCCUCUCCUUCUAGCCAGCUCUUUGUGAAAAGGAUCGGCGUUCGCCCCAUCCCGUCCUACCCUGGUGGGUUUAGGUGUCCCUGGAGGUCCCAAGGAUUCCCCCGGUGGUGUAAAUGGUUAACCCACCGGCUGCUAGCUAGAAAGCUUGAGGUUCAAGUCCACCCAGGUGUCCUAGAAGGAAGGCUCCUGAUCUGCUGAGAAAUCAGCCGUUGAAAACCCUGUGACGCACAGUUCUGCUCUCUCACACGUGGGGUCACCAUGAGUUGGGGCCGACUCCAUGACAACCGGCUCUGAGGGCAGUGCUGGUUCCCUGGAAGAAUUCUCGCCUUCCAUGAGGGAGCCCCGGGUUGGAUUCCCAGCCAGUAAAUCUCCUGCACAGCCACCGCUGUCUGUCAGCGGAGACUUGCUUCUUGCUGCGGUGCUGCACAGGCUUCAGAUUUCAGAGGAGACGGGUGGCCAAACUUAGGUGAACUGGGAAGAAAAAUCUGGUGCCAAGCUAAGAUGAAGUAGGAAGAAAGGUCUGGGAAUCUACUUCCGAAAAUCAGCCAAUGAAAACUCUACGGCUCACAAUCGUCGGAUCUGCAACCAUCGUGGUGAUGGUGCCCGAUGGGGCAGCAUUUUGUUCCGUCCUGUGACUGGGGUUGCAAUGAGUCAGGGUCGACUCCUCGGCAGCUAAUGGUGACGACAGUAGGUCCCACAGGUGUAGUCUGCCCCCUCCCCCUGGAGCUGAGGGCCCUGGGGCACUUGGCCACACCUCCCUCUCUCCUUCCUUGAGCGGCCACCAGCCUGGGUGAUCAAGGGCUGAUAGGCCAGUCCCCUUUCCCUAAAGAGCAGGGGAGAGCAGAAGUCAAAGAACUUGGCCUGGUGCUGCACAAACGCCCGACUGUGUGUCCUCCUGUGGCUGGGGCUCAAAUUCCAGGCUCAUUCCCCUCCCCAGGCCAUGUUGAGGGCGCAGGCUCAGGGAGUCGAGUGCUUGCCUGGGAUGACCUGGUCCAGAUCCAGUCCCCAUCUGUUUGGCUCCAAAGUCCUCGCUUUUCCCACUGCUCCAUAAAUCCUGGGAACAGAGGAGGGAAAAGGGGACAGCCUCCCGCUCCAUCGCGUCUCCAGGUAACACCUAGAAGUCUGUAAAGCCCAACCAGAUCCCAUUACUCCCCUACUCCAGACCCUGCAAUGCCUCCCCAUUGCCACACUUGAAAUCAAAUCCACAGCCCCGUUACCCCACCCCAACACAUCCCUGUCUACCACGCUCAUCACCUACUGCUGCCCUUUCCUGCAUGUGGUCCAGCAACACUGACCCUCCUGUCCUUGAAAUACACCAACCACAUUCCCAUCCCAGGGCCUUGGCACGUUCUGUUCCCUCUGCCUGGAAGCUGUUCUCCCAGACCUUGAAAAGAUUCCAUCUCUCACUUCCUCCAGGUCUCUGUUCAAAUGUCACCUCCUCAAGGACCCUCUCUGACCAUCCCCCUCAACUGGUCACUCUCUAGACCUUACAUUAUGACGGUACAUUACAUGAUUAUUAGUGUAUUUACUUUUAUUAUUUUUUGUCUGUCUCACUACACAGGAUAUCAGCAAACUGAAGACAAGGACUUUGCCUUGUUCCCUACUAUAUACCCGACACCUAAAACAAGACCCCGCACGUAGUAGGGACCUUGGAGGUGUGGCUGGCCUGUUCCCCAGGGGCAUGAUUUGGAGUGUGGACCAGAGCUGAAGGCAGCUGGCACUGAAGUUUCAUUGCUUCGUCUGCCUGCCAUGUUGAAAAGGCUUUGAGGCUCCUGCCAGGAAGAAGAGGAGCACCACAGAAUGCCACAGGGGGGCGUAGCCCUAGCCCUGCCCUCAGGGAGUAUGCACUCCAACAAGGGAGCAGGUGGAGGAUGAAAGUGUCCACCGUCCAGGAGGAGGCAGUGAGGUCAGGAGGACAACUCUGGUAGACAGGAUACCUUCCACGUGGGCUCUGGUCUGUGGGUCAGCACUGGUCCCAUGCCUAGGUGAGGACUGGGGGUGCCCAGUGGUGAAAUCAAGCUAAUGGCUAACAAUUACUGAGCACUUACUAUGUGCCAGGGACCCUGGUGGCGCAGGAGUUAAGCACUUGGCUGUUAAAUGAUAUGUCAGUGUUUUGAAUCCACCAGCUGCUCUGUGGGAGAAAGAUGUGGCAGUCUGCCUCCCUAAAGAUUGUUGUUGUUUUAGGUGCCAUUGAGUUGGUUCCAACUCAUAGCGACCCCAUGUACAGCAGAACAAAACACUGCCCAGUCCUGUGCCAUCCUCACGAUCAUUGCUAAAUUUGAGCCCAUUGAUGCAGCCACUAUGUCAGUCCAUUUUGUCUUCCACUUUUUCACUGACCCUCUACUUUACCAAGCAUUAUGUCCUUCUCCAGGGAAGGUUCAUUCAUCAUCAAAAAGAACCGUAAAGAUUUGCAGCCUUGGAAACCCUAUGGGGCAGUUCUACUCUGUCCUAUAGGGUUGCUAUGAGUCGGAGCCGACUCGGUGGCAAUGGGCUCAGCAACGGUACUAUGUGCCAGACAAGGACCCAUAUGUAUGGGAAAGCUGGACGAUGAGUAAGGAAGACUGAGGAAGAAUUGACACAUUUGGACUGUGUCGUUGGUAAAGAAUGUGAAUAUACCAUGGACUACCAGAAGAACGAACGAAUCUGUCUUGGAGGAAGUACAGCCAGAAUGCUCUGUAGAAGGAGGAUGGUGAGACCUCAUCUUGCUUAUUUCGGACAUGUCAUCUGGAGAGACCAAUCACUGGAGAAAGACAUUACACUUGGUAAAGCAGAGGGCAGGCGAAAAAGGAGACCUUCAACAAGGUGGAUUGACGCAGUGGCGGAAACAAUGGGCUCAAACAGCAAUGACUGUGAGUUUGGCACGUGGCGGGGCAAUGUUUCGUUCUGUUGAACAUGGGGUCACAAUGAGUUGGGGCUGAACCAAUGGCACCUAACAACAACAGCAACAACAAUUUUGUGGAUAAGGAAACAGAGCCACCAAGAGGCCAAGUGACAAGCUGAAGGUCACACUGAUAGUGAGAGGUGGAGCCACGAUUCAGAGGAAUCCUGAAGGGCACCAGAGACCACAUCCUUUGCCCUACUCACAUGCCUCCAAAACGGAAGUGUUCAAUAAAGAUUUGUUGAACUAACAAAUUCAUGCCUGUCAAGAAAUCUCUCUCCUGCCUGCUUCAGUGCCUAAAAUUCCGCCAUUAGGAAGUGCUACCACAGUGCUCCUAGGAUUACUACCGCCACCAACCAGCAGCUCUCCAUCCAGGAGCCCCUUUAAUGAUCACAACAGGCAGCCCUGCAAGGCACUGUGAACGGGCCUCUUUUCUUCAAUCUCACGCAUCCUCUGUUCCAGCUGACUCCCUGGUAGUGCAAAGGGUGAGUGCUCAACCUCUAACCAAAAGGUUGGCAGUUUGAGUCCACCCAGAAGUGCAUUGGAAGAAAGGCCUGGUGACCUACUGCAUAAAAAAAAAAAACCCUACGGAGCACAGUUCUGCUCUGAAACCCAUGGGGCUGCCCCAAGUAAGAACCAGCUUCACAGAAACCGGUUUAGUUUUUUGUUUGUUUAUUUUCUGCUCCAGCCAGGAUGUCACCCAUGAGGGGUCCCAGUAGGCUAAUGGCUCUGUCCUUUCCCACCGCCCAGCUCUGCCCACACUCUUCCACCUGCCUGAGAUGCUGUCCUCUCUCCUGGCGAAGCCCUGCCCAGUUCCUAAGGAGCAGGCCCUGACUCUUCAGAAAUAUUCUCCCCAUUUUAUAGAUGAGGAAAACUGAGGCUUGGAGAGCCCCUAGGCCUGCUCCUCCUCGCCGCCAGUCCCGCCGGCACCGUCCUGACCCCCAGCAUGAAGCUGCCCAGAGGAUGUACGGGCCCCUGCUCAACCGGGUCUUCGGGAAGGACCGUGAGCUGGACCCAGAGGAACUGGAUGAGCUGCAGGUGGCCUUCCAGGAGUUCGACACUGACCGGGACGGCUCCAUUGGCUACCGGGAGCUGGGCGCCUGCAUGAGGACGCUGGGCUACAUGCCCACGGAGAUGGAGCUCAUUGAGAUCUCACAGCAUGUCAAGAUGCGCAUGGGUGGCCGCGUGGACUUCGAGGAGUUCGUGGAACUGAUAGGCCCGAAGCUGCGGGAAGAGACGGCCCACAUGUUGGGUGUGCGGGAGCUGCGCGUCGCCUUCCGAGAGUUUGACAGGGACAGGGACGGACGGAUCACGGUGGCGGAGCUGCGGCAGGCAGCGCCUGCUCUGUUGGGGGAGCCGCUGGCGGGUACUGAGCUGGACGAGAUGCUCCGCGAGGUAGACCUCAAUGGGGAUGGCAUCGUAGACUUUGACGGAGGCCGAGUCGGUUGCCGGCGUUGUCCCAGAGAGCUGCUCGGUUCCUGGUGCUCAGGAGCCUCCGAGAGGCAAACACCCACCACCGCAGGGAUGGAAGAGACCCGGCUCCCCCUGCUUCUACCCCUGACCACCCUGGCCAGAGCGUCUGCUCCUGAGGUCACUGCCCACUCUCACCCCAACUUCCCCACCUGAGCUGCCUGGAGGGAUCUCGCCCUCAGCCACCCUCCAUUCCCCAGAGUUUUCUUCUCUAGUGCUGUUGUAAUAGAAGUACCAUAAGCGGGUGGCUUUAAUGAACAAAAAUUUAUUUUCUCACAGUUCAGAAGGCUAGGAGUCCAAAUUCAGGGCCAGGCUCUAAGGAAAGGCUUUCUCGCUCUCUGUCUGUUGGCUCUGGGAAAAGGUCCUUGUCUCUUUUCUGCUUCUGUUCCUAGGUUCCUUGGUGAUCAUGUGGUGUGUUUCUUCCCUUCAUUUGUGCUUGCUUGUUUGCUUAAUCUGCUCUUUCAUAUCUCAAAAGAGACUGAUUUAAGACACACCCUAUACUAAUAUUGCCUCAUUAGCAUAAUAAAGAAAACCUAUUCCCAAAUGGGAUUUCAACCACAGGUAUAGGGGUUAGGAUUUACAACACUUAUUUCUGGGGCACACAAUUCAAUCCAUAACACCCAGUGUGAGCAAGAUGUGGCUCUCUCUCUCCAGCCCCUUAGGAGAGGGGAAGUCCCCUGGCACUGGCAGCAUUCAAGGAUUGACCCAGAGGGACCACAACUUAGAAAUGUAAAAAAUGGCUAAACUUGAAAGAAAGGAGUGACCCCAGGUACGAAAGACAAAGAGAGAAAUGAAAGCUGAGUGGUAGAAGAGAGCUGAUGCAUUAGGGGUAUCAGACCUGGAUAGAGGCUCUGCAAGCUGGACAUGACUUCUGACCUGUAAGAGUUCAGGAGGCCAGAAAUGGACCUCCUGAGUGCAGCCCAGGGCCUCAAAGGGCUACCCUGCUCCUGCAAGGAGGAUUAAAGUACGUCUCCACCUAACAGCCUGAGAAGUGGCAAAGAAGCUUGCCUAGAUGUCCAGGGCCUUAGGUGGGAAAAAGUUACCCUAGAAAACCUGAAACUCUAAACAGGAGUGUAAUCUACCUCCAUGGUGUGAAAAGCUGAAGAAAUUGGAAACUAAGAAGGAGGGGGCAGUGUUUUAACCCAGGCCAGCAAAAACUAAAACUAAAAAUAAAAAAAUCCCACCACCCCUGAAGAUGAAGUCGUUAUUAAAAAUUAUAAAUCACAAAAGGCAAUAAGCCACCAUGAAGGAGACUCAGCAGAUACAGCAAACAGGAGAUUUAGCACCCCAAGGUGUAAAUAAUAGAACAGCCUAAAGAGACCAUAAAAUAAAUGUAAAAACAGAAUCUCUGAUGAAGCAGAAGGAAAAGCAGAUGCAGACCUCGAAAUCUAGUAAAAAGACCAGACUUAAUGGUCUAAGACUGGAGGGAUCCCAGAGGACAUGGCCCGGGACUCUCUGUUAGCCCAAAACUAAAACCAUUCCCAAAGCCAACUCUUCAAACAAAGAUUAGACUGGAUUAUAAGACAUAAAAUGAUACUGGUGAGGAGUGUGCUUCUUAACUCAAGUAGACACAUGAGACUAUGUGGGCAUCUCUUGUCUGGAGGGGAGAUGAGAAGGCAGAGAGGGACAGGAGCUGGUUGAAGGGACAAGGGAAAUCCAGGGUGGAGAGAAGAGUGUGCUGUCACAUUGUAGGGAGAGCAACUAGGGUUGCGUAACAAUGUGUGUAUAAGUUUUUAUAUGAGAAACUGACUUGAAUUGUAAACUCUGACUUAAAGCACAAUUGAAAAAAAAAAAAGCAAAACUAAAUUAAUAAAAGUUUCUACUGCUUCAGUGUGGGAAAUGCCUAGGAUCAGACAAAAAGUAUCAAACCACAAAUUGUUCACAUCUUACCCAGGAAAUGUCAAUCAACCUAGACAAAAGAACAAGCCCUCUGGGCCCAAUGGCAGAGUUGGGGGUGACAAAUGGCAGGGCCAGGAAAAGCCUGUCCUGAAGGGGUUGGGAGCAACCUGUCCUGAGAAGGCCGAGAGGAGGCCCAUCUUCAAGGGGCCAAGAGAAACUUGCCCUCGGGUAACUGAGAGGAGCCCUGCAUGGCUGGAUCAGAGAGAACUGUCCUGCACUGAAGAAGGGAGACUUUGUCUACCUGCUUCCUAAUCCUCACUUGUAGCCUCUUGAUCCUCAUCCUGAGUUAAACCAUUUAACUGUAAGUACAAAUAAAUAAAUGUAAAAAAAUUUUUGAGAAGGAAGAGAGGCCAACAAGCGAUAACAGAAUAGCAUGAGAAAAGAACAGGGAUAUUUAAAAAAAGAGUCCAAUAGAGCUUCUAGAAAGAAGAGCUAUAGCCAAUGGAAUUAAAACAAAAAAAAUUUCUGUGGAUAAGUUAAAUAGCAGAUUAAACACAAUUUAAGAGAAACUUAAUGAACAGGAAGGUACAUCAGAGAAGUCACCCAAAAUGUAGCACUGAAGGGAUAAAAAGUGGAGUAUAUUAAAAAAAAAAUUAAAAGGUAGUUAAAAGUCAUUAGGGAUCUCAGAAAUAGAAAAUAUGGACAUGAGGAAAUAUUCAAAGAGAUGAUGGUGAAAUUUUUCCAUAACUGAACAAAGACCUAAGUCCCCAGAUUGAAGGAGCAUGUUGAAACCACAUCAGAAUAAAUAAAAAUAAGUCUCUCCCUAGAUACAUACUAGUAAAACUACAGAAUACAACAAGAAAACCUUUUAAAACGUUGAGAGCAAAGUGAGAUUACUUUCAAAGAAACACCAGUUCAACUUACCAAAGACUUUUCACUGGCAACAAUAGAUGCCAGAAGAAAUGGAAUAAAUUGGUCAAAGUGCAGAGGGAAAAUAAUUGUCAGUCAAGAAGGUUAUACCCACCUCAGUCACUAUUCUUCAAGAAAGGCGGUGACAUAUAGAUCUUUUUCAACAGAUGCUGAGAGGGUUUCCCACCUGCGCACUCUCGUUGAGGGGGUGGCUUUAGCCAGAAGGAAGUGGGAUCUAGAAGGAAGGCGGGGUAUAUGAUAAACCAUGGUUAGGAAACACAUUGGUAAACAUACUGUACAGCUGAAGAAGCAUUAACUGUAAAAAAUUAAUUUGGAAGAUUUUAAAAACAAGGAGGGACUAAAAUAGGCAAAAAUCAAACAGGAGAUGGGAGAGGAUGCUUUAGGCAUGCCGAAAUUAUUUUUUUGGUUGUUGCUGUUCUAGAGGAUUCAUUGAUUAACCUUAGACUCGGUUAACCACGUAAGGGUGACCAAUAACAGGAUGGAAUAUUCCCUUCAAUAGUCAAAUCAAUAGAGGAGGAAAACAGGGAAAUAAAGAAUUCAGGAUUAAGCCAAUAGAAGGCGGGGAAAGAGAAAAAAAAGAGUAAAGUUAAAACAGUAGGCAGAAAUAAUCCUUUAAAAAAGCAAUACUUACAAUAAAUACAAACAGAUAAAGUUCUCUAGUUAAAAGUCAGAGAGACUCAGAUUUUUUUCUUUUUUUAAUAUCAGAAUUAGGAUUAGGUUCCCUGUGAGUAACAGAGGUCCCAAAUAACAAUGUCUUGAACUGGAUGUAAGUUUAUUUCCAUGAAAGGGAAAGUCUGGAAGUGGAGUGCAGCUAUACACUGGGCUUUGGGGACCCAGGCUCCUCUGAUUUGCUGCUCUGCCAUCCUAGGGUGUGGUCAUAUUUGUUUUCCAGGUGGCAGGAUGGAGGUAGGAACAAAGAAGAAAGGGGGCAAAGAGUAUGAACCACUCUUACUCCACUAGGCAGAUCUUAGCAUGCGGUAUGCCUCGCUGAAAAGAAUGCUGGGAAAUGUACUCUUCAUUUUGGGUGGCCCUGUGCCCAGCUAAAAACCGAGGUUUCUUGUACUAUGGAGGAAGGGGAGAACGGAUACCAAGGGGUAGAUAGCCGACUUUUCCCCACAGCUGAACUCAGGAUAUUGGAGACACACUCAAAACCUAGUGACAACUGAAAGGUUAAAAUUGAUGGCUUGGGUAAAAGAUUUACUAGGAGAAAACUGACCGAAAGAAAGCUAGUACAACGACAGGAAUACCAGACAAAAACAGACUUUGAGGCAAAAGGCAUUAGGGAUAAACUGAGUCACAAUUGAUUAAGGAAAUCUAACGUUCCUAGUCUGUAAGGUCCUAUGAGUGGGUCUUCAAACUAAAAACAAAAUGUCUUUCACAAUAUAUACAGCUAGGUACAGUGAGGGUGUUUAGGCAUCGUUAUUCCCUGUGAAUAGUGUUGCUGCCAGUCCAAGCUGCUGAGAUACAUUCACCCACGAGCAGCAAGCUCACUGGUCACGUUAAAACUCACGUGAUAUUCACGGGGCUCCUUCGGUGUGUUCAAAUACACAUUUAAGGGGGAGGCCUAGAACAAGGGUCGGCGAACUUCUUCUGUAACGGGUCAGAUAGUAAAUAUUUUUGGCUUUGAGGACCACACUGCCUUUGCAGCAGCCACUCGAUUCUGCAAUUGCGGCUUCUAGCGUGAAGCAGCCGCAGACACGUGAACAAGUGGGGGUGGCCGUGUUCCAGUAAAACAUUAUUGAUCGACACUGAAAUUUGAAUUGCAUAUAAUUUUUAUGAGUCACAAAAUAUUAUUGCUCUUUGACUUUUUUUUUUCCCAAUCAUUUAAAUAUGUAAAAAAACAUUCUUAGCUGUGGCCAUAUCUGGGCUGUGGGCUAUAGUUUGCUGACACCUAAUAGAGGCCUGUAACAGGCAGAAUCACCACUUCCGGAACAGCUUUCUGCUUAGUUAAGGGUGUGGGGUGACAAGUAGUGAGCGUCCUCAUGACCCUCUGUAUUGCCUGUUUGCUCACUUUCAAUGAAUGGCUUUUGUAAUUCUUUUUCUUUUUCGUGUUUAUUGUGAUCAGAUUAUUGAAACGUGGUUUUCUAUCUGAUUAAAAAAAAAAAACAACAACAAAAAACCUGGGUGUGUAUUCUGUAUGUUGUUUAUUUCAUUUUCCUUGUUUUUAGUUUUUAUUUUAUUUUCCAAAAGUAUUGGUCAUCACGGAUUGGAAACUAAACGGGCCCUUUGCCAUACGUAGCUUGAGAACUACCCGUUUAGGAGUUCCGGCCUCCAGACGGUACCACCAAAAGUGCCUUGACUGAGGAAGCACUAGUAGGGGGCCAGAGAGCAGAAGCAAGAGCAGGGGUCUAAGUGUUCAUUUGACAAAGAGUCACAAACUCGAAAGGCACCAGCUUGGCUGCUGUGGACACAGGGGAAGCCCGGCCAGGCCAGGCCAAGGCCCUUUCUGGUCGUUUUUGUUAGUGCUGUCUUUGAGUAAGCGCCCACUCAUGACAACCCCCUGUAUAAGAGAAUGAAACAUUGCCUGGUCCGGGGCCAUCUUCAAGAUCGUUGGUGUGCUUGAGUCCAUUGUUGCAGCCACUGUGCAUUUGGAGUCCUUUCCAACCUAGGAGGCUCAUCUUCCAGCACUGUAUCGGACAAUAUUCUGUGGGUUUCAGUUGGCUAAGUUUUGGAAGUAGAUUGUCAGGCCUUCCUAGGCUUUCACUAUGGGUGAUCCUACUGGUAUCUGAAAUACUGGUAGCAUAGCUUCCAGCAUCAUAGCAACAUGCAAGCCACUACAGUAUGACAAACUGAUGGGUAGUGGACUAUCCUGAUGGCAUUUAUCUUCUAGAGAGGGAGAUGAACACGUGGGUAUGAACAGGAUCGCGUCGGCCUGCGCUGCUUGUUCAGUUAGCACCUUGGCUGUAUGCCCCUCUCCUCCCUCCCCCAAGUGCCACGGAAAAGGCCCCGAACCAGGGAGCUGGAGCCCUGGGUUCUGUUCCUAACUCUAUAUGUGACUCACGGUUGCCUUUGAGCAAGUCAAAUUUCUCCGAGCCUCAGUUUCCUCAUCUGUAAAACAGACUGAGGUAGUAAGGAUUACAGGAUUCAUUGCUUAGCAGAGGGUCUGGUUCCUUAUAAGAACUUGAUAAAUAAUGUUACAAUCUCAGAUUUUGGGAUUCUUGCAAAGCCUCUUUCUUGGUUCUUGAGAUUCCAAGGUGCUCUCAUUUCCCUAGAUUCUGAGAUGGCCCUUUCUAACAUUCUGUGGUUCCAGGAUUCUUUGCUCAUGGAGGGCCCUGCCUUCCAGUUCUCCCAACCUCACCGCAAAUGGGGCGGAGGUGGCUGGGCCGCUGCCUUGUCAUGGCCCACAUUCAGGGCUGGCUGUGGCAGCCCAGGGCUCCAGAGCCGGGCUGAAGCCGGGAUACCAGCCUCCAAGCCGCAGGCCUGCAUCAUCUUCAAGUGCCCUUGGUCAGGGCCACCAGGGAAAGCGCCAACCUGCCUUUCCAGGCAGAGACAGGGCGUGUGUUCCAUCCAGCUCUGUCCCUAACAUGCGUGUGACCUUCGGCAAGUCUUGGAGCAUCAGGGUUCUUUUCUACUAUGGGGAGGUUUGUGGUCCUGAAGGCCCUCAGCCCUGGGGAAAGUCCUAUGAGUGAAGGAGGGAGGAACUUUUUGGAAGGGGGCCAUGGCCAGGGUGGAUGGUUGGCCAGGGUGACAGGAAGGAAAGAGCAACUAUCUCUGCUACAAUU